AUGCAAUGGUGUGUAAGGGCACUGUUGUUUAUUUUAUCCGUAACGUUAUGUUAUUUUAUGUUCAUUAGAUUCACAAAAAUAGAUCUCAAAGCAAAAAUCGAUGAGCCAAUAUCAGAGGUUGUUGAAAUAAAGACUGGAAAUAAAUGGAUCGUUGUCACAAGUGUCAGUGCUCCAACCGAAGAUGUUAAGAGACUUGCCUCAUUUCCAGACUGGAAUUUGGUUGUCGUUGCGGAUACAAAAACGCCACUGGACUGGAAGCUGAAAAAUGUGCACUUUUUGUCAGUUGAAUAUCAAAAGAAAUUGCCAUUUUCCAUGUCUUCAUUGCUUCCUUACAAAUCAUACACCCGGAAAAACAUUGGAUAUUUGUAUGCUAUUUCUCACGGAGCUGAAUGGAUAUAUGACACUGACGAUGACAACAAGCCUUUUGGUCAAGGACUGAAACAGUUUAAUUUUGAAGAGAGUGUAUCUGGAGUUCGGUAUCAACCUAAUUUAAUGAGUAGUCAAGAGAUAUCACAACGGCUUUUCAAUCCAUAUGAGUUUUAUGGAGUGGAUCAAAUGUGGCCAAGAGGAUUCCCAUUGGAACAUAUUGAGAAACAUAAGAACAGAAAUGAUUCUCAAGUUUUGUGUUAUGAAAUGAAGAGAGCCGCCGUUCAACAAGGUUUGGUACAUCACGAUCCGGACGUCGACGCCAUUUAUAGAUUGCUUCAUGCCGACUCUAAAAAUGGCUUAAACUUGCAGUUCAAUAAGUUUGCGCCUCCCAUAACUUUAUCAGUUGGCUCAUAUUCUCCAUGGAACUCUCAGAAUACUCUAUUCCACAAAUCAGCGUUUCACACUUUAUUUCUACCCACUACUGUUUCAUUCAGAACAACUGAUAUUUGGAGGUCUUUUAUUUCUCAGAAAAUUCUUCACUUAUCCGGAUUGACUGUUUCAUUUGUUCCAACUAACGCUGUUCAGUUCAGAAAUGCUCAUAACUAUUUGAAAGAUUUCAAGGACGAGAAGCAAGUUUAUGAAGAUUCUGGAAGGAUGAUUGACUAUCUACACAACUGGAAAUGUUCUCCUGAAAACUCUAAGCAGAUAGAAAAUUGCAUUAAACAGUUGGUAAAUGAUCUCGUAAAGGUAAAACUCUGGGGUGAACAAGAUGCAGUUUUGACGGAACUUUUUCUGGCCGAUUUGAAGGAUAUGAGAUUUGAAUUCCCCAGUUUAGUCGGAGACAACUUUAAGGAGCCUUACUUCCCUUCAACAAACGAAAUUUCAAGAGAUGUAAACUGCAGACGUAUGCAAUUAAGUUUUGAAUUAAAGGAUCCAAGAAAAACGGAAAAAGAUGAGAAUGUGCAACGAGCUGCUCAGAAAAUUAAUUAUUUCGGAGAUAUUGCUCAAUGGUGUAACGAAACAGGAUAUUCUAAUUUAACAGGCAUUUUCUCAUCUCCUGAGCAACUUGCCAGAGAGCAUGAUAAUUCGUAUGUUUUCAAAAAGGAUUUGAAUAGUGUUCUGAUUGUCGUCAACAACUAUCCAUGGAAAUAUGGAAUGGGAUUGCUUCAAAGACUCUACCAACCAUAUUUUGCAACGACAAUUUUCUGUGGUUCCUGGUAUCCGGAAAACUUUACAGAAAUUGAUAACUUCACCACAACUUUGUAUCCAAUCAAUUACGUUCAUCUGAAUGAGGCUGAAAUUCACCAAGGGUAUUUUGGAUAUCAUUGUCUCACUGUGGUGAAGGAAAUGGGAUUGAGCAAUGUGGAAGGAUAUUUCCUCAUGGCUGAUGACGCGAUCUUCAAUAUCUGGCAAAGAAUUGAUUAUUCAAGAGUUUUUCAUUUGCAUGGUUCUUACAAUACUGAGAAUGAAUGGCAUUUUCGAGAUCAUGGUGGACAACGAGUCGUGACUAUUUUGAAAGCAAUCAAGAGCACAACUGACAAGAAGCUUCUAGCUGCCUGGGACAGAUUUGACAAAGGAUUGCAAAAAUAUGGAUACUACAACGAAACAGAUAACGCAGAAGAACAGAUGAAAAGUCCAAUUGGCAAGAGUAUUUCUGAUUUCUACUAUAUACCAACAUCUGAAAGUGAAUAUUACGCUCAUCUCAUGCGAUUAUUCUAUGACAAUCAGUUAUUCUUGGAAAUUGCUGUUAAUCGGUUUUUGAGAUCUGUUAACCAUUCAACAUCACUCUAUGCAAAAACUUGUUAUCUAUGGGGAAAUCGUGCAAAAUGGGAUACAGUUUACCACAAGGAUAUGGUUGCAAUGCAUCCUGUUAAAAUUAGUCAAUUUAUGAAACCGGGUGAAGCAAGGAAAAGGUACUGCGCUUCAAUAUUACAAACUUGGUCGGAUAUUGUUUUUGGAGGAUCUCAGGAUUUCACUGUUAAAAGCGAUAACGAAGUAGAUUAUAUUAAUGGGUUUCCAGUGCGUUAAUAUUUAAUGUUUGUAUUUUUUUAUUGGCCUGAGAGUCAUUUAUUGAUUUUUCUUAUGUAUUAUUAAAUUGUUUUUGAAAAUAAAGUAAAUGCUUGAUU